CCCAAGGUCAUUUCUUGUUCAUUUCGCGCUUGCUUCUUCUGAAACCCCAAGCCUCCCUCUUUCUUCCUCGUCUUCAAUUUUGCCCUAAUCACUCGCUCAAUUCGAGUAUAGAGAGAGAGAGAGAGAGAGAGAGAGAGAGAGUCGUCCGAGCCGGAAGAGAGAGAUGGUUCAAAACGGAGCAUUGUCUACGGCGGAGAAGCUCCGGAAAGACGGCAACACCUACUUCAAGAAGGAUCGUUUCGCGGCCGCCAUCGAUGCCUACACUGAGGCGAUUACGCUGUGCCCUAAUGUGCCUGUUUAUUUCACGAAUCGUGCUCUGUGUCAUCUCAAGCGUAACGAGUGGACCAGAGUGGAAGAAGAUUCCAGAAAAGCUAUUCAGCUUGACAGUAAUUGCGUUAAGGGCCACUAUAUGCUGGGGCUUGCAUUGCUACAGAAACAAGAAUAUCCUGAAGGAGUUAAGGAAUUGGAGAGGGCUUUGGAUCUUGGAAGAGGUGCCAACCCUAAGGGUUAUAUGGUAGAAGAGAUUUGGCAGGCGCUUGCAAAGGCAAAAUACAUGGAGUGGGAAGAGGCAUCAAGUGAACGUGUAUGGCAGUUGCAAAGCUUGAGACAAGCUUGUGAAAGUGCUCUCAAAGAGAAGCAUGAUGCGUCUCAGAUGGAAGGGUUUCUGGAUGAAGCUGCUACUACCCAUAUGAAACAGUUAGAGGCGUUAGAUAGAGUGUUUGAGAAAGCUGCAGAAGUUGACACAGCAAGUGAGGUGCCAGAUUAUUUAUGUUGUAGAAUCACACUUGAUAUAUUUCGUGAUCCUGUAAUUACACCAAGUGGUGUUACAUAUGAGAGAUCAGAAAUCCUGAACCAUCUUGAGAAGGUGGGUUGGUUUGAUCCUAUCACUCGUGAGCCAGUUGAGCCAACACAGCUAAUACCAAAUUUUGCCAUAAAAGAAGCAGUCGAAGCAUAUCUGAAAGAACAUGGUUGGGCCUAUAGAAUGUGGUAAUGGUUUACUUUUUGCUAUCUGGAAGUUAGAAAGUCCAUAGUUGUGUUAAAAGUUAAAACAUAUUAAUGGACUACUGCAGUGGAAAGGCAUAUCGUUUUGAAUUUGUACAGAUACUGUAUUGAUACUGAGUCAGACAUACUGCUUGCGUAGAUUUGUGAACUUUCGCACACUAGUGUGUAGUGUUGAGCAGUACGAGUUGGCAGUACCUUAUAGAAAGCACCUAAUAAUGCAUGCUUUCUCAG